AUGGCCAGCGAGGCUAGGGAGGCUAGGGAGGCUAGGGAGUUUAGGGACAGAAUGAGGUGGUUGCUGAGGGUGCAACUGCCAGAUUUAGCUGGCGGCAUCAGUGGCUGGGUCUGGACGAGUUCCGGUGGGGGUGCUGAUCACAUGGCUAGAUCUGACAAGCCAUGCUCGGUCAUGCUGGCGAACAUCCGGUGCAGCACAGGCAGGCACAAGAACCCCUCCCUUGCUAUCAUGUGCAGCGAAGAUGGUAAUGCCAGAUCCGGCAGUAGUGACGUACGGGCCCCACACCGCGCCCGGCAUGGCACCCGUCUUGUUGGGAUGUUUUCCGGUCACAUGAUCGGACAUGAGUAUGCCACAAGAGGCCCACAGACGGGUGGUGGGGUUGAUUGGAACGGCUACGGGGCUACGGCUGGGCUGUAUUACAGAUGA